CACUGAUUUUAAAAAUUCCCAGUGAUUUACGACCAGUGCCGCCACCCUAAGAACGUGACAUGCGUAUUGAGUUUCAAAAAUGUAAAAUUAAUCGAGACUGUGCCACUUCGUUACGUUUCUGUAAACCCCACGCGCUUUCUAGCCCCAAUCACGCCACAUGAGACGGCCCUCAUUCCCCCAACACUGUUGCGGUGUCUCAAAUAACCUCCCAAAAAAUGAACCAUGAGCUCAAUUCUUGAAGAAAAACUGCGUGAAGCCGCCUGUAUUGGGGACAUCGAGGCAGUCCUAGCCCUCCUAUCGCAAAAUCUCGACAUAAACGCAAAAAACAGCGUCAACGGAUGGACGGCCCUGCACUGGGCGGCUAAACGCGGCAAUUCGCAAGUGGCCGAUAUUCUCCUAAGCCACGGCGCGAAUCCCAAGAUUCAGAACUUGAAAGGUGAAACGCCUGGUAAUCUUUGUACUAAUCCCGAAACGCUUGCUUUGUUAGGGGAAGACCCGAGUCAAGCCCCUCUCGACGACGCGAAAUUCACUCCCAAUUAUCUCAAAAACGCGCCGGUCAACGGCCAAGUUGACAUCGGGAAACUGAGGGGCAAGCCGGACUUCUCGGCCAUGCCCACCACGGCGCUCCCGGCGUGUCUCAAUGAUGAUCUCGUGCUAAAUGUGCGCAUUGCGGGUUCAAGCGACCCCGAUUUUAUCGAAGUGGAGAUUCCGCGCUGGAAGUUGACUUAUCUCAACUUGUUCAAGAUCUGUUGUGAGGAGUUGGAGGUGUUGGAGUCUCAAGUUGAGAGGAUUCGGAAGUUGCCGAGUACGAGACUGAGGAAAGAUAGUGAUGUUAAGAGAUUGGAUAAUUUCCAGAGUCUCGAGUUGGUGCUCAAGAUGCCCCUGGGCAGUGAUAAACCCAACAAUUGCUAUCAGAGUAUAUCAACUUGUAAGAAUCAAACAAUUUUAUACUAAGGGAACGCAUUCUAAAGUUCGGAACUCCACGAUUUCUGUCUAUUUAUUAUAGAGCUGCUAGUUUGAAUAAAGUUAUUGCUUCGGAAAAA